AAACUGUUUUCAUCGUUGUGCUUGUUGGACGCAUGAUCGUGUGACGACCAAGGCGGCACAGUUGCGUUGGUUGCAAAACGUGGUGAAACGGUUUCAUACUCGAUCCAUUUCAAUAUUUAAUUUUGACUUAUUUUAAAGAAUAUUUAAUAGUAAACGGGAACUCAGUUCGUUCAAGUCGAAAGUUGCGCUCCAACUUUUGUGGCAAUAUCAAUAAAUCGUGAACGAACUUCAUCUCAAGUGUGACUAAAUACAAUAAUAAAAUUAUCUGUAGACAUGGCUACUAUUCACAUUAAGGAUAAGGAUGAUUUUAAUUCAAAAUUGGCCGAUGCCGGGGACCAACUGGUUGUGGUCGAUUUCUACGCCGAUUGGUGCGGACCAUGCAAAAUGAUUGCACCAAAAUUGGAAGAAUUGGCAAAGGAAUUUGCCAACAGUAUAGUUGUCCUUAAGGUCAGUGUAGAUGAAUGCGAAGAACUUACUGUCGAGUACAACAUUUCGUCAAUGCCUACCUUCCUCUUCAUCAAAAACAAAGAAGUUUUGUCACAGUUCAGUGGCGCCAACUACGAUAAACUUAGGGCAGCAAUUCUAGAGCAUAAAUAAAAAAAAUUGUCUUCGAUCGCGCAUAAAAUCUUAUUUAAUUUUUGAAAAUGUUCAUUGUACCCAAACAAUAAUAAAAAAAAACAAAUAAAUAAAACAAAAAACUAUUACCAACAAUGUACGAAUACAAUUUCUUUUUGGUUUUAAAUAAAAUAAUAUAUUCGCCUUUCUAAUACUGCGGACGAGUGCCGACGACAAAAAAAAUCACUGUAGGUAUAAGCUUUCUGUGUACAAAAAAGCAAUGUUAAAAAAAAGCGGAAGUUGUAUUAAAUAUGUACUUAGAACUU